GUCAAGUGAAAAUGAGCUGCAAGUAGAGGACAUAGCUCAGUAUAUUUAUUCUGAAGAAACAAGUGUUGAAGGAAAUCUAUCCAAGGAAUUUCCAAACUCUUCUGUGAUGCAGCCUUCAUCUCUGAUAACACAGAUUCCAGAACUCACAAUCACUACUAAUUCACCAGAAAAGAAGGAGCCUUCUAAAGAUCAUCUUGUAGAUUUUACUGAUUCCCCACAGGGACAUGCUACCAAGGUCCACACUACAUCUCAUGAGGAGCUGAAAUUGCCAUGGGGUUUGGUGCUAGGUACUGAAACCCAUCCCUUGGGACAGUGGGAUGCGCCUGAAUUCAGCAAGUGUGACCUCACCACAGAGGGCUCUUUCAUGGAAGAAUGCAUGGAGGAACAGUUGAGAAGAUACCAAGAGCUGCCCUAUCGCUUGGAGGAAGAUGCCAUAGAUCGAGAACUGGAACAGCUUUACCUGUCCCAUUUGAGCCGGCUUCGAGCAGAGGAACUUGGAGGAAGAGGAGAGUGGUCUGAGGAGAACUCAGGCAACAACACCAGCCCUGUGCCAUCUCUCAUUGCAUUGCGGCAGAGUGUCUUGACUGAUCGUGACCUGAUAGUCAACUGGACAGGCCCAGAGAGAGCACUCAACAGUUCCCUGGCAAAGGAGAUCACACUGUACUAUGCUAAGCAACGGGGCGAUGACUCCAGAGAUAGUGAGGAGGAGGGAGUUGUGGCAGGAUAUGCAACACAGGGACCACCUGAGUUGGUGGGACCAGGCCGUGAUAGCCCACCAGUAUUAUUAGAAGGCUGCUUUCUAAAUCAUCUGGAAGAGGGAAAUGUCCAACAGAGUCCAGUGAAGGACUCUGACUCCUUUGCCAGCUUGAGAGUGGUGGCACCCAACACCUUGAGGCCAGUCAUUCCGGAGGCUAUGGUGAUGCCCCUUGUAGUUCCAGCCCGGACACUAGUGCCCCUACCAAAGCGGCCCACAGACCUGCCAUCCAGCCCUCUUGAUGCUCAUGGACAAGGCAAGUGCCAGGGCUUCUUGAUAGGGCAUGGCAGCCUCUGGCUGGGUGAGGGCCUUCAUGUCCACAAGCCCCCUGAAACCAGUCCCGUUUCUCAUAAUGAACUUGAAAAGAUCUUGACACGCUCCCUGCGGUUCCUCAGCCUCUUUGUCUUCCUUCCCGUGGUUUUCAACAGCUGCAUGCCUUUGGUGGCCGUUACACUUUACCUCCUUUUGGAUUGGUUCUCAUAAUUGGUACGCCUCUCAGAAAUGUCAAAAAGCCCAUGAGAAGAUCUGUAACUUGGCUGUAUCCCUGUUUCACCUGAUCAACUAAAUUUUCAAGGUGGGAGGGGUGCAGUGUCAGAUCUUUUAAGAGUUAAUGGCACAUCCACUCAAAAUUUCCCAAGGUUCAGAACAAUUUAUUUUUAUUAAAUCAUCUGGUAUAAGAGAUGAAUUGCUUGGACAAAAAAAAAAUGAGCUAUAUGUGAAAAUUACCAUGAAUUAGAUCUGAGAUAGCAUUUGCAAGGUCCCAGAGGGUGCAAAGGGCUCAAAGCCCCAAUAGCACUCCCACUCUCCCUUUGCCUAGAAUAUUCAAGAACGCUAGAAGCAACAGUAUUGUCCAUCCUGACAUUUGCAAAUGAAGAGAGGCAACUAAGGGUGCCUUGUCUGAAUGGCCUCAAAUUCAAACCUGGAAUAAUAGUUUCCCUUUUCCGCCUUUAAAAACAAAAUUCCUUGUUAGGAUUUAGUAGACUUCAUCUCUGUUUUUUCGGCCUUCUUCUUUCAGGUAUUUGGCCUUCACAGGCUGAAAUCCAGUUAGCAUACUUAUCUAGAAGUAAGUAAGUCAUUAAUUUAUUUUCAGUUUGGGACUGAGGCAAGCAUUUCCUAAAAGGACCAUGUUCUUUGAUAUUUUUACAGACACACUCUUUUAGCAGGCUUUGACUGUAACUUGUUUUGUGACAAAGCAAAACAUAAAUAUUAAGGGAUAAUUUCAGACUGUUUGAAAACCUUAAAUAUUCACAUUUUUAGGGAAAAAAGUCAAAAUGGCCCAUGUAAAAAUUCUUAAGAUGGAAUGUUUUAUUUAAGUACUGUAUGCCCAUUCUCUAUAUAAUAUUAGUGCAAAGUUUGGUAACAAGAUUCCUGGUUAGUCUGAGGAGCCUCUGGUUUUAUGGUGUUAAAAAGUCCCAACCUGUUCUGUGUAAGAGAUUUGGAGAAACCAACUAGCUAACUCAGUUUCUAUCUUGCUUUUCUCAUGGGCAAGUACAAAUAAUUACUAUUAAAUGAAUUCUGCAUUAACAACAACCAAAAAUCCCAUAGCGUUAAAAAUGACCCCACUCUUAAUGCUAAUCUGCUAUGAAAGUUCCUUUGGCUCUUUGGAAAAAAAAUGCAGGCUUAGAGCUUAAUAGACUGCUCAAUGUCAUAGCAGUCUAUCAAAGUGAAAAAGACUUAUUAAUAUAUGACCCUAAUCCCCAUUUAUUUUUACAAGGCUGGGAAAUUGUAAAUAUGUUUUGAAAAUUUCAUGAAGCACUUUCUUUCAGAAUGUUCUCCUGUGCCAGUCUCAGUGAAUUUAACAAGAACAGUCCAAAGGCAAAAUAGCACUUUUGUUCAGCACCUGAUAAUUUCAGUAGGAUUUGUGCAAGUGAAUAUCCUGCUGGAUCGUGCUCCACGUAUCUGUAAUUUCCCAUUAUAUGAAUGAAACAGGGAGACAAAAAGAAGUUUUCCAUUCCAAAGAAGAUGGCAACAUUUUCAGUUUUCUAUCCAUACAGCUUCUGCAAAAUACAAUCACAACCAUUCCAGAUGGCCUCAACAAUUGCACAGCCAACUUCCAUUCAUGCCCCUAUCCUGAGCCACACCCAGCUUCUUAGGAAGAAACUUUGGACUGCUGACUGUCUGGGCUUCUAGGACCCCUUUUCACUCCUGGAUCCUACACUUCUCUGCCACUAGCAGGGUCCAACACAAAGGACUACAGGAAAGCUCCCUAAAACAGAUGGCCCCGUAUUUAUUUUUGUACCUGGUGGGAAGGCUGACUUUUUCUACCGUAGAAUUCAUCCCAAGAUAGAGAUUUUAUUUAUUAACAACUAGCAGUACAAACCCAGGCUGGUGGGUUUGCAGAAGAUUAAAAUAAUUUAUAUACAUGUUUGGUGUCUGCAGCAAAGCAUUAGAUUGGAAACAUCCUGUCUUCACGUGCAAUAGGUUGAAAUGGCAUUGAACUUGCUGUAAGAAGGCAGCCCACCCGCUUUCAUGCUGCUAAACGUGUUUCAUUAACUUCCUCUUGAAUGUUGUACUGUCAGCAGCUGCUGUGAUAUAGCUUGUGAGGCCUUGUGGAGGAAGUGGAGAUAUUUAUAUGGGUUCUGAAGCCACUUCUGUCUGCUGAUCCAGACUUGGCCCUGCUUUCCCCAUCCAUAAAGCUCUUAUCUAAGGAACAUAGGGAGGUUUGGAAGGUGGAAUACUGUUUGUGCUUCAUGAAGAGAGAUCAGAGUGUCCUAACUUCAGUCAUCAUAAGAAAAAUCUGUAUUUUCCAGAUAAAAGCUGAGAUCAGAAUGUAAUUAGCAGUCACGGCUAUGUGUGUCUGUGUGUGUGUGUGUGUGUGUGAGAGAGAGAGAGAGAGUAUGCACACAUACUUUUCUUAAUUAUCCCAUGCUUAAAUUUUUUGUUGUCCUACCACUGUUCCUUCUGCCUUACUCAAACUGUCAGAUCCCUCAUCAGACAAAUAUGUCUGACAAUACAUGUUCCACACCACAAAAGUCCUGAAAAUUAUUUGGUACCUCCACUUGGCAACAGAGCAAGCAUUGAUUAUACUCCACACAUCUGUAGAAACACUGGUCAAAGCCAAAGUCUUCAUAAGUCAAGUGAACUGGCUGCCUCUGAUGGCAGAUUUUUGAAUGACAUUAAGGACUACACAGUGGGAUAUAAACAUACAUUAUGGAGUACUAUCCUUCAGAGAGUUCUUCUGCACAACUUGUACUGAAAUGCAUAAGAGCUACAUAAAACAUGCCUGUGCUUUUGCACAGCUCCUGGUCAUAUAAGUUAACAUGUGCAGGAGAAUUUAUCUGAGGAAUGUGCUUCAUGUUAAUUAAUAAGAGGUUUCUGUGGAUUUGGGGGUAUUCAAUUUCAAAGUAUUUUGGAUUAGCUCUGGUAAAACCAGGCUUGCUUUAGUGCUUUUACUUUAUAUUGUUUUUGUUAACUUUCAGCAUCCAGCUGGCCAUUUUAGAGUACAAGUUGUUUCAAGGUUCUCUACCAAAAACAUCUGCACGUAGGAAGCUAGCAUGUGUAGAAGAAAGUUAUGUUAAAUCUCUUCUUCCUUACAUGCCAAUUAUGUGCACUUUAUUUUUAAAAGAAGAGUGUUCAGUAAUUUGAGCCCCCACCUUCAGUUCAGUGUUGUGUACUCUAAACAUAGUUUAUCAGUAAGAGCUAGGUUUCAGGUUGUUAUCAAAAAAAUCAUCUCUAUAACCACUGUUGUGUAUCUGCAUUAAUGUAUAAAACUUUGCUCCCACUGGAUCCUGUAUACUAACUCCUCACCAAUAUUAUUAUAGAAAAAUCAGUGGUUUCUCUUCUCUGAACAGCAAUAAUCAUAUGUAAUUCAGAGAAGGUAAGAAGUUUUGGAUAAUCUUUAUAAUGAAUGUUAAAACUAAAUAGAUGUAAGGGUACACAAAUAUAAUGUGUGUACCAGGUUAGCAUGUGUAAUAAUUACAGCCACUCUUUGUAAUAUAUGAACAAGUUAUACAUUUUUUCUGGGUUAUGAAAAAUAUAAGCCAGAAACAACUAAGGAGCCAAGUUCAGUUUAUUGAGAGAUAUAAUUCCUUCCAUUUGUGCACAGGGCCUCAUUAUGUUUCCAGUUUUAUACUUGCAAAAAUCCAGGUAAUUUUCAGAACAAUACUCUUAUUAGUCUACUACAGCAAGAACAACAGUGAGUCCUAUAGCAUCCUGAAGACUUAAAUUUAAUAUAGCAUAGAUUUUUGUGGGUAAUAGUCCAUGUUAUCAGAUGUACGGAAUAUAGAGAGGAAUACUAUAUGUGCACAGCCGUUUGGAGGAGUAGGUUGAUGGAGACGGUAGAAGGAAAGGUCAGAAACAUUGAAAAUUACCUCUAGAUAGUGGCCAAUAAUACAAAAAUUCUAAGUAAUUUAACAAGAGAUCAAGGUUUUUUAUUACGCUGCAUGUGUUAAUCAGCUCAUCAGUGUAAGAAUACCUGUCACAUUCAAUAGUUUUGUUACUAGUCAAAGAGUUUUUAUUUAUUUACUUUAUUUAUUUAUUUAUUCAUUUAUUUAUUUAUUUGCAAAGUUAAACUAGCUGAAGAUACUUAUUCAAGGUAACCUAUAUUUCUUAGACUUUGGGAUAAUUUAGAAUUGGUCAGAUAGGUGGUUGCUACACCCCAACAGUCUGAUCUAUUAGGGAUGAGAGGGUGAUUUAUAUGGUCCUUUUCGUGGCUAGCUUUUUAGGCUGUGCUGACCUCUUCCUGUAGUAUAGCAGCUGGUUAUGUCCAGUAGUCUUAUCUUGAUGCAAAUUGACUUAUGCAUGCAGAAUGCAUUGUGGAGAGCUUCACUUUGGCCACUGGUAUUUGUGGCUUUGUCCAUAAGAUACUUCUUUUCUGUGAACAGACUGAAUCCAUGCAGUGGGGGGUGGGGUGGGGGGGAACAGCUGUGCAGGUCGAAUUAGGAUCAAGCUCUGGAUUUAUGAAUGAGAAAUCAUGCUUGUUCAGCCCUUGAAACUUACCUUGCAGGAGAACACUAAAGAGGAGAAUUAGCAGUGGUAUAUUACAACUACACAUUUGUCAGUGAUUUUAAAGCAACAACUCUGCAUUCUUUCUUCAAUUUUGCAAUGACCCCAUGGUGUGGAAUUAGAUUACAAUCCCAGAAGCCUUAUUUGCUUUGAGCAGCCUUUCCCCAAGAUAGAGCCCUUCAGACGUCUUGGACUACAUCUCCUAGAUUGAGGCUGCCUUUGAUCAUGUUCCUCAGCCAGAUCUUUUGCUGUGGAAAGAGAUCUGUGCAUGGCAGACUAUAGGGAGCAUGGUAGGGAGUCUGUUAUGUACCUGCUACUGUAGAGCAAGGGAUUGGAUGGAACAUGUGUGUGUGUGUGUGUUUAUAUGUGUAUGUGUGUACAUCCUUUUGAGCUGUGCCUGCUUCAGAAGCACUAAUAAACAUCCUGACUAUA